GUCUAAGAUAAAGUAUGAAAAACUUAUAAGAAUAGUGUUUAUAGUUAACUAAACUACUCGCUAUUUUCAAACUUAACUCGGAAUAUUCGCUGUGAUAGAAGAUUUAGUAAAAUUGAGCCUAUGUUGAGUAAGUUCAAAGUACAAAGCAUUGUCACUCGCUUGCUACUUUUCCCACCUUUAACAAUACCGUCGUAUCCCAGUCAAGUAUAUGAAUCCUCAGACCCCACAACAAACUUUCGGCGGAUGCGGCCACUUUGGUUCGUAGUGGUUGCAUCUUGGGAUGGGUACGUUCUAACAGAGAAGCACGUUAUGGUUGCUAAUAAUUUGUCUUCCCCCGCUUAUGACAGGUCGAUCUUCAGCCCAAAUAAGUUACCAGAACCUAUCCUAGUCUCUUCAAUAUUACUUGCUAGGGAGAAACUGAGAUAGGGUACUCGCCGUAAAGCCAUUCCAAACCUCGUUCAUAGUCGUCUUUAAACCUGUGUAGAUGAGUACAGAAUCGGCGCCCUUAGGAUUAGUUGGAGCGCUUCGGAGAUAUUGAUGAUCAUGUCGCCCUCUAUAUUAAUUCCCGAAACUAAACAACUCGACAAUGGUGAAGAAAUCGUCCUCUCUUAUCUCCCUAUCUUGGUCGACAAACCCGAGAAACACAGCGAUUUCGAAUCAGACUUAUCAACUGUCGUAGACAUUGAGUCAGAUCGUUUUUCUUCGGAUGGGCGAGGCGGGUCACCCGGACCUCCCUUAAAACCUGGAAAGACUUAUCCAAGCUUGGGAAUUCGAGGGUGGUUUGGAUCAACAUGGCGUAAAAACAAAGCACCAAUUUUGGUAUUCGCAGCACAGUUCUUCGGAUCGCUGAUGAAUCUUAUUGCUCGCCUACUCGAGAUAGAAGGAGGCAUGCAUCCUAUGCAAAUCCUCUUUGCGAGGAUGAGUAUGACAGUUAUCGGUGUCUCCGCAUACAUAUGGUGGAAGAGAAUCCCACACGGCGUAUUAGGGCAUAAAGAUAUCCGGUGGCUCCUGGUAUUGAGAGGGUUCUCUGGUUUCUUUGGUAUAUAUGGUAUGUGGUAUUCAGUCAAGUAUAUACCGCUUGCUGAAGCAACCGUUAUUACUUUCCUCGCCCCUAACAUCACCGGGUACUUGUGCCAUAUCUUCAUGCACGAACCCUUUACACGAGUUGAGCAGCUCGCGUCGUUUGUGGCAUUAGCAGGAGUCGUGCUCAUCACAAGGCCGGCGUCCCUCUUCUCAGGUGCAACUUCUUCAUCUGCUGCUAAUAUAGUAGCGGAAGCCGUCGUAAAUGCCACGGCAGAAGCAACUUCUUACCCUGGUGGAGAGCAUAUCUCAACAAGUGCCGAGCGCUUGAAAGCUAUUGGCGUUGCGCUCUUGGGCGUCCUUGGGGCAGCGGUUGUUUUCACGACAUUGAGAUGUAUCGGGAAGCGGGCGCACCCUUUGAUAUCAGUCAACUACUUCAGCUCAUGGUCCUUGAUCGUCACAACCACAACUCUGUCCCUUGCGCCGCUGCUCGACUAUGGGCAACCGGAUCUACGUCUUGAACUACCACACUCGAUCCGCCAAUGUGCGCUGCUCAUAGCGGUCGCCGCAUGUGGUGUAAUUAUGCAGAUACUUAUGACAGCUGGUCUAGCUAUCGAGAAGAGCAACCGUGCAACUGCUAUGACCUACACACACAUGUUAUUCGCGGCGGGUUUCGACCGUUGGGUCUUUGGCAAUAAAAUGGGGUGGAUAAGUCUCACAGGAUGCGGACUCAUCGUUAGUAGUGCAUUAUGGGUUGUUCUUACGAAGAAAGAGACGAGGAAGAACGGCGAUUAUGAAGAUGUAGAGAGAGGAGACAUAGCUGUUGUAACAUCUACGGAUAGCGAAAACGCACCGAUGCUUUGUGAGGAUGUGGAUAGAGAUACGAAUGAAGAAGGUUUUGUGCUUAAACGACUGUAGAUAUAAGAUAAGAUUCUAUAGAUAGAUUGAGGGUGAAUUGUAUAGAAGCGAUAGAAGAUGCGUAUAUUGAAUGAAGUACCAAAGUACCUCUACUUAGCGUUGAGCUUAGAAGGAACUUAUCGAAGCUUUACAUAUAAC